AUGUUCUUGAACACAGCUUCUCCCGGGAGGUCGUUCAACAUCCCCAUUAACAUCAACCUGCAGGGUGCUCGCAGGCGGCAGACACGGGAAUCAUCGCAGGAGCAGGAGUGGAGUAGAGGGGUGGAUGGGCGCGGGGAACAGCGAGCUCGGACACAGAUGCCGGUGUCGAGUGUCGGGGAGGACAGAGCCAUCCUGCUGGGCUUCGCCAUGAUGGCCUUCUCUGUGCUCAUGUUCUUUGUGGUCGGCAUCACUGUGGUCAAACCUUAUGUCAACAGUAACUGGGAGGAGGAGGCCAGCUGUGUGCUGCUGCAGGCCGACAUCCUGGAGGAGUGGGUGGACUGCAAAGGCGUGAGCACCGUGCCUUGCCUCAGGGCGAGGGUUAACCUCACAGACUCCAAUCAGAGGGCUCUUCUCCACUUUGACGAGGAGUCGGUCCUCCUCGCUCCUGAGUGUUUCUACGUACCCAAAUGUCAGAUGGACAGAACAGAACUUCAGGAGGAGGUCCUGAAAGUGAAAAACAGCUUGGACACUCAGCUGGGGAGAACGUCAUCAUGCUUCACGGACCGCGUGAGGCACCCCAGGGACGUCAUCCUGAACAGGAAGUACACCUUUAAGAAAGCCCUGUCUGUAUUGCUGUGGCCCUGUCUGAUGCUGGGUGGAGGAGCUCUGCUGGUGGGUCUUGUGAAGCUGACACAGUGCUUAGCCCAUCUCUCCUCGGAGGUGUGCAGUGAGUCUGCAGUGGGCAGGCUGACCUCCAGAUACACUCAGGGCAAACUGUACAGAAUGCUCCGGAUACCCAGCAUGCAGUCUCCGUCAUGA